AUGUCAAUGGAACAGAUGAGGAUGAAUGGUUAUGAGAACAAUUAUGAUUAUGAUAAAAUGAAACCAUUAUUUGAUAGUAUCAAAGCACCAAUAUCUAUGCGUAGUAUUGUCGAUGAAAUAAAUUCUGAUUUAGCAUUUAAUGAUCAUAGUGAAAUAUCACAAUCAGUAGUUCACGAUCAUCAUCAGCAUCAACAAAAACAUUCAGAAGCACCCACUUCUUCUCCAAGACAAAAUAUACAUCCACCAGUCAAUGAUAAUAAAUCAAAAUCACAACAAAAAUAUCGACGAGUACCACAACCACCACCAUCAACAAUGACGAACAAAAAGUUUUUUGGAGGUUUACUUGAUGUUCAUCCACAACCGCCUUUACAACGAUCAGGCUCAUUACGUCUACCAAAAGGUAAAUAUUAUACACAUCCGAUGUCAAGUACAUUUGGAUUUACGCCACAACAUGUCAACAGUAGUAGUCAACAUCAGCAACCAACAUUUGGUUUACAUGAUUCAAUAACAACAAAUAUGGUUGGUAUACCAUCAAUGGCGGAUUCAACAGCAGGAAUAAUGGUUGCUGCACAAGCUAUGACGGCUACUAGCCGUACACCAGCAAACUUAUUUCGAGCAUAUUCAACAUCACAUAUUAUGCAAUGUAAUCAAGUUGGUCAAUUCUUUACUAUUCCACCACAAUCACAGCCUCAAGUUUUCAUUUUAACACCAGUCAUUGGAGCAACAUUCAAUGCAAACGUUUGA